AUGUCGAGUGAAGCGCAGCAGGCUAUCGCGCACGAACAACAGAACCCCGAUCCCCCCGCCUUUGUCGGCGCGGAGGAACUUAACUCCGACGGCACCCCCCUUUCCGACAAGCAGCGUAGGAAACGUGCUGAGAAGGCCGAGAAAGAGCGCGUUAAAGCCGAAAAAGCAGCGCGUCUCGCGCAGGAGCAGGCCACACGCCAGGCCGCUGAGGUUGAUUUUGCGGAAGGAAACUAUGGUGUGCUUCCCAUGAACCAAUCGAAGGAGCGUGUAAACGUGCAGCUCUUUUCCAUUGAAGAUAUUCACCCCGACAAGGACGGGCGACAAAUCACGCUCCAGGCGCGUCUUCAGACCACGCGCGCACCAUCGGCAAAGCUUGCAUUUAUCACGCUUCGCCAGAAUGUGCACUGCGUGCAGGCAACGCUGGCGCAGGCACCCGAGAAGGUAUCGCGCCAAAUGGUGAAAUGGGCCGCAUCCAUCACGCCAGAAAGCAUUGUGCGCGUGGAAGGCACGAUUGCCAAGGUCCCUAAGCCGAUAGAGUCCCCGUCCGUUACCAUCAAGGAUGCGGAGAUCAAGAUCGCACGUAUUUACAUUGAGGUCCCUGUGACUUGGGAGGGCCAAAUUCCCUUUUACGUCGACGAUGCGACGCGCUCCGAUGCGGACAUCGAAGCGAGCCAAAACACGCCGCGCCCCUUGCCGCCCAUUGCGCUCGACACGCGUCUGGACAACCGCGUGCUGGACUUGCGCACGCCGACGAACCAGGCUAUCUUCCGCAUGAGCCACGGCGUGGGCAAACUCUUCCGCGAGUUUCUCGAAAACAAUGGAUUCAUCGAGAUCCACACGCCCAAGCUCCAAGGUGCGGCUACAGAGAGCGGCGCGUCUGUCUUUAAGCUGGGCUACUUUAAGGGUGAGGCCUUCCUCGCGCAGUCUCCGCAGCUCGCGAAACAGAUGGCCAUCGCCGCUGACUUUGGCCGUGUCUACGAAAUUGGCCCCGUUUUCCGCGCCGAGGACAGCAAUACGCACCGCCACAUGACCGAAUUUAUCGGUCUCGACCUGGAGAUGGCGUUCCAGGAGCACUACCACGAGGUCACCGACCUGCUCAACCACCUGUUCCUGUACAUCUUUAGCGAGCUGCCCAAGCGCUACGCCGCCGAAAUCGCGGCGAUCAAGCGCCAGUACCCUGUAGAGGAGUUUUUGGUACCCAGGCAGCCCGUCAUGCUCGACUUUAAAGAAGGCAUUCAGAUCCUCCGCGACGCUGGCUGCGAGGUCGAGGACUUGGACGAUCUCAGCACCGAGAUGGAGCGCACGCUUGGCAGGCUUGUACGCGAAAAGUACCACACCGACUUUUACGCGCUCGACAAAUUCCCUCUCGCCGUGCGCCCGUUUUACACUAUGCCCGACGCCAACGACGCCAACUACUCCAACUCGUACGACUUUUUCAUGCGUGGCCAGGAGAUCUUAUCGGGCGCACAGCGAGUGCACGACGCCAAGUUCCUCGAGCAGCGCUUGGCUGGGGCGGGUAUUGAUCCGAGUUCCAUGAAGCACUAUGUAGACGCGUUCCGUCUUGGCGCACCACCGCACGCUGGCGGCGGUAUUGGCCUCGAGCGUGUGGUGAUGCUCUACCUAGGCCUCGGCAAUAUCCGCCGUGCGAGUAUGUUUCCUCGUGACCCCAAACGCUUGGAGCCGUAA